CACUUCCGGCCUCCGGGCCUGAAAUCGCGCCUGCGCGUUGCGCUCCUUUCUCUCUAGGUUGAGGACUGGCUGCGGGGAGUAUGGCCAAGCGAACCAAGAAGGUCGGGAUCGUGGGGAAGUACGGGACCCGCUAUGGCGCGUCCCUCAGGAAGAUGGUGAAGAAAAUCGAAAUCAGCCAGCACGCGAAGUACACCUGCUCCUUCUGCGGCAAGACCAAGAUGAAGAGGCGAGCCGUGGGGAUCUGGCAUUGCGGGUCUUGUAUGAAGACAGUCGCCGGCGGGGCCUGGACCUACAACACCACCUCUGCCGUCACUGUCAAGUCGGCCAUCCGGCGACUCAAGGAACUGAAAGACCAGUAGAUUCUUCGAAUAAAAGGGCCGGGGAUCGCCCA